AUGUCCAUCGAAAAUCUCAAGACCUACGACCCCUUCGCCGAAGCCGACGAAGACACCGGAGAAACCAAGCAGACGCAGAAUUACAUCCAUAUACGCAUUCAGCAGCGUAAUGGACGUAAAACUUUGACCACUGUCCAGGGUCUCCCAAAGAAAUUCGACCAGAAGAAGAUUCUCAAGGUCAUCAAGAAGAAGUUUGCCUGCAAUGGCACCAUCGUCAACGACACCGAAAUGGGCGAGGUGAUCCAGCUCCAGGGAGACCAGCGCAAAGAUGUCCAGGAAUUUCUUGUCGACAAGAAGGAAGGCCUUGAGCUAGACCCCAAGACCAUCAAGGUCCACGGCUUCUAA